AUGUCAGAAGAUCCAGAGCUCAAGCAAUACACUCAUCGCACGGGCAAAACUCCUGACCCGCGACACCUAGCCAUCGCUCUACAUCAUGCCAAUCAAAUACAAGCGCAGAAAGACGCAGAGGUCCUAAUACUAGACCGAAUAUUGGAACUAAUCGAGCUACCCUCGUCGCCUUCCGCUGACCCUGCUUCACCAGCUCCUACAGACGUAUCCACUCUCAAAGCCGCACUGGUUCCAUUCCAACCGACAGAUUUUGACAACUUAAUUCUCGAGCGCAAUAUCGAAGGACGAUGUGGGUAUGCGUUGUGUCCCCGCGAGCACAAGAAAGAAGACUCCAAUGCAAAAUUCCGUCUCAUGCUGGGACCGAAAGGAAGUGCCGGUCGUGGCAGGGAGAUGAAGAUAGUCGCGCGUGAGAAGCUGGAAAUGUGGUGUUCAGAGCAAUGUGCUGAACGAGCUUUGUAUUUACGAGUCCAACUUGCCGAGGAACCCGUAUGGGAAAGACGGGCAAACGAAGGAGCAGCAAGGCAGGUGACAUUAUUGGAAGAAGCAAGGAAGCUCAAGAAGGCGACCAGGUCCAUCAAGAAGGCGCCAGAUGCUAUACAGCCCUCAGGCGCUACUCUUGACAGCGACUUGAGCGCACUCACAUUGAAUGACAAGGAGCAUACGCGAGCUACCGGAUCCAAACAGCUGGCCCUUGAAAGGGGUGAUACAAACUCGGCGUUUCAUGAGAACGGUCGUGUCGAUAUACGUAUUCUUGAAAAGGAUUCAUCAAAAGGAGCCAAACCAGUAGCUCCUUCGCCUCUACCCAGUGACAAAACCGGUGGCUCGAUUGAGGGCUACAUACCAAAAGGCACUAGUGAUCAGAUCAAGAGCCGAAAGGGUAAAGCAAGAGACGACGAUAACGACCAUGACGACGUCUUUGAUACGAUCUGA